UGGUGCGCCAGUUUUGAAAGGGAAAACCGUCUGAAUUGGUUGCAGGAUUCUCUGAUAUCGUGGAAGAGUUACUUAUAUCACCACGAAGCUGUUCACCGUGACAUCAGCCCCUCAAACAUAUAUAUGUGUGUGUGUGUAAAGAGCGUAACGACCCAGAACCCAGCUGCUCUUGGCAAUAUGCUGAAUCCUUCGGCCAACCAACCAACCUUCAUAAACAAAUACUUUCUGCCAGAUAACAGAAAUCAGCCUAGGGGGGUUGGUGAUUUGCGCAUGGCCGCUAGCUACCAGCCUGAUAAUGAUCAAGCAGCAGAGAUUCUGAGACAGUUUAGUGGCACCCCGCCUCACUCCCCCGAGCAAUCCUGUCAAGGGAAUGGAUUUCCGCCUGCCACAAGUUCCCAUUCAUGCCCGAGCUCCAAGGUGAGGCGCUCCAAGUGUACCAUAUGCUAUUUGCAUAUGAAGCCGGUUACGAGGUUUAUGACCGCAACAACACUCAUACAUCGCGUCAUUCGUUACAAAAUCCACCACUAUAUCGCCCGCGACACGACGUCGAGUGGGUCAUUAUCGACAUUCUAAGCCUGAACGGAGUGAAGAUUUAUCAAUGAACUUAACCGAGUUCGAGCAGAUACUCAAAGGGAGGACCGACCGAACGACAUAUAUAUUUUCUCACUGCUUCAUAAAAUGACCCUGCAGGUCGGUCCAGAAUAUGAACACCUAAUCGAACCGCCGCGCUCCACUCAUCUACGUGAGGCGCUCCGAAGAUUGCUCCUUCAUGCAAUAGUGACCUUGAGGCAGCAACCUCCCAUUACUUUAGA